CGCCUCACCUUUACCGUAACUUUGUACCAACUCAUCCCGUGCCAUCUUGUGAUCUCCUUCUCAUCGACGACACGCCUUUACCGCCCACAAAGGCUGAUUUCACUAUCCUCCCUUCUAUCUCUUUCGCCUCAUAUUUCUCUGGUGCUGUCCAUCCUCAUACGCGUCCGAGUUCCUGUUUCACCGUGAAGCAAUGGCCACCGAGGCCUCAAUCGCUCUCACAAAUCGCUCUCUCCGUACCAUUCGAACAGAACUCGAAUUCCUCACAGAUACAUCCAUCAUCUCCCCUGAACAGCUGUCGUCAAUUCUUGCCCAACUUCCUGCUCAGACACCGCUACAUGCUCCUUUACAGGCUCCGGCAACUGCCUCCACAACCACGCCAGUCGAGCAAUUUUCGAACCUGAAUCUGAAAGAACAUUAUGCUCCAGUCCCUACGCCCGCCCCUCUCCCUCCUCCAGCCUACGUCCAUACGCCUCAGAUCUUAUGUGUUGCAACAGCGUUAUACGCAUACAGCCCGACGGAUGCCGGAGAUUUGGCGCUGCAGCAAGGUGAUCGGAUACAGGUCAUAGAACACAUGAACAAUGAUUGGUGGAGAGGCCGAAAUGAGCGGACUGGCUUGGAGGGCAUUUUCCCUCGCAGUUAUGUCAACGUUGUCGACGACAAACGACCACCGAUGAUGCCGCCACAAUCGUCAGACUACGGAAACAUGCCACUACAGGUAGCCCAGCCAGGCGCCAUUACUCCAGGCUCCGAUGGACGAAAAUACAGCAAACUCGAGGAACAAGGCAAGAAAUUCGGAAAGAAGAUGGGCAAUGCUGCCAUUUUCGGAGCUGGCGCUACCAUUGGCAGCAACAUUGUCAAUGGCAUAUUCUAAUGAUGGAAUUCGACUUCUUUAAUGUUCAAUAUUGAGCCAUGGGCUACGACUACGAAAUUGGGUAAAGACAUCUUUCGACCACAAGCCAGGGGAGAAAGUACAAGUAC